AUGAACUGGCGCAAAGUCACGGUUGCUCUACUCAGCGGUCUCAUCUUGACGGGGGCCUGGUACUAUCGCGACUCCCUAACGGCGCUUACGCAGCCAUCUCCACGUCGCGAGCCCGUCGCCCUCGCCUCCAGUUCCACCUCCACCUCCACCUCUGCCGCCGCCACCAAUUCAAACGCAGCACCCGCAGCGUCUCCCGAAGGAAAACGCAUUCUGGCGGUCGACAACGCGGGGAUCUACACGGGGACGCAGCCGGCGUCUGUGCCGAUCAGCAAGGAGUCCGCGUCUGGACGCAAAGUGGUAGAAAUGCUGUCACCGGAGGAGGCGACGAAGAAGCUGCGGCGCAAUGAGGAGAGCUACCUGGUAAACCGCGGCCGCGGCGUCUUCCGCUACGACGUCGUGCAGAUCCCCAGUAACGAUCCCAUCGAGGAUGACCACGCUGAGAAGAUAAUCGAGAUCCCCGAGGCCGCGGUGACGGAGGAGGGGGUGCCGGGCAGCACCGAUUGGAUGUUCUGGGGUGUCUUCGAUGGACACUCGGGGUGGACCACCAGCGCGAAGCUGAGGCAGGUGCUCAUCGCGUUUGUGGCCAGGGAGCUGCACGCAACGUAUAAGGCGGCUAUCGCGGACCCGUCGCAGAAGGCACCCGCGCAGGAUGUCAUCGAUCAGGCGAUCAAGAACGGGUUCAUGAAGCUGGACAACGAGAUUGUGAACGAGAGCGUGGAGAAGGUGUUCAAGAGCUCGUCGAAGCUUGUAGCGGCAGAAACGCUUGCCCCGGCGCUCUCCGGCUCCUGCGCGCUCCUGGCGUUCUACGAGUCUCGCUCGCAGAUGCUCAAGGUCGCCGUCACGGGCGAUAGCAGGGCGGUGCUGGGCAGGAUGGGCCAGAACGGGAAGUGGACGGCCACCCCGCUGUCGGACGACCAGACCGGCUCCACCAAGUCGGAGGAGAAGCGGAUCCGCGCGGAGCACCCGGGCGAAGACGGCGUGAUCCGCAACGGCCGUGUGCUGGGAGGACUGGAGCCGACGCGGGCCUUCGGCGACGCGUUCUACAAGUGGUCCUACGAAACGCAGACGAAGCUCAAGAGCCAGUUCUUUGGCCGCAAUCCCCACCCGCAUCUGAAGACGCCGCCGUACGUCACCGCGGAACCCGUCAUCACUACCACCAAGAUCGAGCCGCAGAACGGCGACUUCCUGGUCAUGGCUACCGACGGAUUGUGGGAAAUGCUCACGAACGAGGAGGUCGUCGGCCUCGUCGGCAAGUGGAUCGAGGAGCAGAAGGCGGCGGCGGCGGCGCAGGCGGCUGCGCAGGCGGCCGGAGCUAGCAGCAAUAGCGUUCCCGCUAACGGCAAGAAGAGCGCGGGCUGGUUCGGUGGGUGGUUCGGCGGGAAAAAGGAGCCCGAGGUCCUCCCGGUCGAGGAGAGUCAGGCCGAGGACACCUCCGGCCAGCGCGCUCCCGUGAGGAUCCGCCAGUGGGGGGUCAAGAAGGAGGACGAGAGGUUCGUCUGCGAGGAUAAGAACGCGGCUACGCACGUCGUCAGGAACGCCCUCGGCGGGAAAAAUUCGGAGAUGCUGUGUGCGCUCCUGACGCUUCCGAGCCCGUACUCCAGGCGUUACAGGGACGACCUAACCGUCGAAGUCAUCUUCUUCGGCGAGGGCGACAAGAGCGGCAACGUCGAGGUCAACGAAGAGGCCACGGCAAUCUCCAAGCAGUCCCCGCCUCCCAAGGACCAAAAGAAGGAGAAGGACAACAACAACGGCGAGGUCGUCAAGGCCAAACUGUAG